GCGCCGCCGGCCUCCUCGAGCCCCGCCCUCGGCGCCGGGUCCCCAAACUAAGUCUCCGUGGCCGGGUACCCGGUGCUUUGGGAGCAAAACCCCUCCCCUUCGCGCCCCUGGCGGGUCUGGGGCAGCAAACACCAACGUCUCCAUUGCGCUUCAGCCCCGGACCCGGCGAGACCUCGGGGCUGCCCGGAUGUUGCGAUGGCUGAUCGGGGGAGGCCGCGAACCUCAGGGCCUGGCGGAGAAAUCUGCUUUUCAGACCAUAGGUGAGGAACAAACCCAGAACCCCUAUACUGAACUGCUUGUACUGAAAGGACAUCAUGACAUUGUGCGAUUUCUGGUACAGUUAGAUGACUACAGAUUUGCAUCUGCUGGGGAUGACGGAAUGAUAGUUGUGUGGAAUGCCCAGACAGGUGAAAAACUUUUGGAGCUCAGUGGACACACUCAAAAAAUAACAGCUGUGACUACAUUUCCUUCCGUGGAGUCUUGUGAAGAAAAAAAUCAACUCCUCUUGACAGCAUCUGCUGAUCGAACAGUGAUUGUGUGGGAUUGUGACACUGGCCGACAGGUUCAGAGAGUGUCUUGCUUCCAGUCUACUGUAAAGUGCUUAACUGUUCUUCAGAAACUAGAUGUUUGGCUUUCUGGUGGGAGUGACUUGUGUGUAUGGAACAGAAAAUUAGAUCUCCUAUGUAAGACCAGCCACCUUUCUGAUACAGGGAUCAGUGAUUUGGUUGAAAUACCUAGGAACUGUGUUGCAGCAGCAGUUGGCAAAGAACUGAUAAUUUUUAGGUUAGUAGCACCCACAGAAGCAUCGCUGGAAUGGGAUGUUAUUGAAGUUAAGCGCCUCCUUGAUCACCAGGAUAAUAUUCUCUCAUUGGUUAAUGUCAAUGAUGUGAGUUUUGUCACCGGCUCCCACGUUGGAGAGCUGAUCAUCUGGGAUGUCCUAGACUGGACCGUGCAGGCCUAUGAGCGCAACUUCUGGGACCCCUUCCCACAGCCGGACUCUCAGCAAGAGAUCAGACUCUCUCAGAAACCACAUGACGUUUCUAUUCACCGUUUCACGUGUGAUGAAGAGAAUGUAUUUGCUGCAGUUGGAAGGGGUUUAUAUGUGUAUAACCUUCACAUGAAGCGUGUGAUCGCCUACCAGAAAACUGCACAUGACUCCAAUGUCCUGCACAUUGCCAAGCUUCCAAACAGGCAGUUAAUCUCAUGCUCAGAAGAUGGCAGUGUACGCAUUUGGGAGUUACGAGAAAAACAGCAGCUCACAGCGGAACCUGUACCAACAGGCUUUUUUAAUAUGUGGGGAUUUGGAAGAGUGAACAAACAAGCCAGCCAGCCUGUUAAAAAACAACAAGAGAAUGCCACUUCCUGCUUGCUGGAGCUCAUCGGAGAUCUGAUCGGACACUCAUCCUCAGUGGAGAUGUUUCUGUACUUUGAAGAUCAUGGACUAGUGACUUGCUCUGCGGAUCAUCUCAUUAUUUUGUGGAAAAAUGGAGAGCAAGAAUCUGGAUUGCGCAGUUUAAAAUUAUUUCAGAAGUUAGAGGAGAAUGGUGACUUGUACCUUGCUGCGUAAGGAAGAAAGAACACAGGUGUAUGAACUUCAAAUAACAAACAUAAAUAUGGAAUAAUACAUCCUCAUUUACAUUUGUGAGCUUUUUACUACGAUUCUGCAUAUUUAGGUUCUUGUGCAUUCAUACCUGACAGGAAAUAGCUUGUCAGGUUUUAGCACAUUCACCUGUGGCAUCUAUUGUUUUAAGUGAUGAGUGCUUUGUUCGGAGCUUCUUUGCCUGAACUGAGCCCUUGCAAGUGGUAGAAACAGGGCUGGGAAUAUGGCCCAGUGGUAGAGUGCUUGCCUCAC